UAAACAAUUACAGUAUUAGUAAUAGCGAAUCAAUCAUUCAAUUAGUUUACUUACAUUAUACUAUAGAUGUCAUACUUUAAAUGUAUUUUCCUGUUGUCAAAACUUUAGAAUAAGUACUUUUUCUAUUAUCAAAACUUUCAUAUAUUUCAAAAAUAUAAUUAUUUUUAUCACUGUAUGAUUUAUACUUGUAUUUUUAUUCCUCAAUAAUAAUGGCAGAAAUUGAAUGGCCAUGGCAAUAUAGUUUUCCUCCCUUUUUUACUCUUCAACCUCAUUCAGAUACUAGAGCUAAGCAAUUAUCAGCAUGGAAAAGUUUAAUAUUAGAAUAUUAUCGUAUUACAAAACAAGCUGUUAUUGAUGUAAGAGAAAUGCACUCGAGUCCAUUAUUUAAUAAUACUGCAAUAAAUCGAAAGUUACCAUCAGAAACUGUUUUAUUAUUAUUGGAAGAAUUAGCAAAAUCAGGAAAUGCAAGUCCAUUGGAUAAAACAAAACAAAGAUGGCUAAUUUAUUGGCAUACUUUAGAAGAAUGGGGUGAAAUUAUUUAUAAUUGGGCACAAGAAAAUGGAUUUUGUGGUUCUGUAUGUACUUUAUUUGAGUUAACACAAGGAGAAGACACAAUUGAUCAAGAAUUUUAUGGACUUGACACAGAAAUA